AUGACUAGUGUUGGACAAAGUGUCGUUAGCGUCCAUAACACAACAGAUCAACGUACGAGACGUAAAUAUUUUCUUCCUUUAAACAACACUUAUCUUGAUUUGGCUGUAGCAAAACACAGUACCACUCCUGAUUCAAACGCGACAAGCACUUUUAACUUUCCUUUGUGUGGACCCAACACAUACUAUCGUAAAAUUAAUGGAACAUUGAACUGCACGUGUAUGGAAGGAUACUCAGGAGAAUGUAACUCGUGCCAAGCAAGCUGUCCUUCUGAUUGGUUGCAUAUAGAAUCAUCUUGUUAUUUCUUCAGUGCAAAAGCAGCAACAUGGAAUAAAGCAAGAAAACUUUGUCAACAGAAGGGAGGAGAUCUUGCUGUUCCAAAAAAAUGCUGA